AUGGCUUAUGACGCCGUGCGCCCUUCCCCUUUUCACGUGUUGGACCCAAACGGCUGCCCUUCAAACCGCGUCCCUCCCGCUCUACUUGACUCUAAUUGGACAGGCUCCCGCAUCCGUUUCCAGCAGUUUAGACCGGUCGUGGUUCACGACUUUUGGUGCCCAGAAACCAGCUCGAGAGCUUCCUGGAUUGAGGAGGGUGGUGUUAUCUGGCAUCCAGUGCCCAAGACAAUUCAAUACCGACAGCAUGGCAGCUUGGCCAACAUCUGA